AUGUCCAACAGCAGUUUCCCCAAUGAGUUCCUCCUCCUGGCAUUCGCAGACACACACGAGCAGCAACUUUUGCACUUCGGGCUCUUCCUGGGCAUCUACCUGGCUGCCCUCCUGGGCAAUGGUUUCAUCAUCACGGCCAUAGCCUGUGACCACCACCUUCACACCCCCAUGUACUUCUUCCUCCUCAACCUCUCCCUCUUUGACUUGGGCUCCAUUUCCACCACUCUCCCCAAAGCAAUUGCCAACUCCUUGUGGGAAACCAGGACCAUCUCCUAUUUGGGAUGUGCAGCCCAGGUCUUUCUGCUAGUUUUUUUGAUUUCAGGAGAGUAUUUUCUUCUCACCGUCAUGGCCUAUGACCGCUAUGUUGCCAUCCACAAACCACUGCACUACAGGGCACUCAUAGGUGGUAGAACUUGUGUCAAAAUGGCAGCAGCUGCCUGGGGCAGUGGCUUUCUCAAUGCCAUGGUACACACUGCCAAUAUAUUUUCACUCGCACUCUGUCAUGGCAAUUCUGUGGACCAGUUCUUCUGUGAAAUUCCCCAGAUCCUCAAGCUUUUCUGCACAGAUGCCUACCUCAGAGAGGCUAGGCUUAUUGUGGUUACAGCAUGCUUACUCUUUGCGUGCUUUGUUUUUCUUGUACUGUCCUAUGUGCAGAUCUUCAGGGCUGUGCUAAGGAUGCCCUCGGAACAGGGACGGCACAAAGCCUUUUCCACAUGCCUUCCUCACCUGGCCGUGGUCUCCCUGUUUCUCAGCACUGUCAUGUUUGCAUACCUGAAGCCCCCCUCCAUCUCUUUCCCAUCCUUGGAUCUGGUGAUGACAGUUCUGUACUCCGUGGUAUCUCCAGCAGUGAACCCCCUCAUUUACAGCAUGAGGAACCAGGAGCUCAAAGGGGCACUGAAGAAACUGAUCCUACUGGUGGUAGUUAUGAAGAAAUAA